UAUCACUGUCGUAGUAGAUAUGGCUACGAACAAUCAUUUGUUUGCUCUAGCAUUUAGCGCACUGCUAUUCAGUCAAGUAAUACUUAGGGUUCCGUCACAAGAAACUUGUUUCCGAUCAGCUGUGGAAGAGAGCAACCUGCCUACUGUUAAUAAUAGACGGAAAGCACCAUGAUCUUCCAUCCACCUUCAUGGCUACCGGCGAUUGCACAAAACCUGACCGAGUUGGGCACGAUAAGUGACUUUGUGCUUCGUGGGCCGCCAGGUGUUGCUUCCGAGUCUGAACUUGAGCCACCCGUUCUCACCUCUGCGGAUGCGCAGAAAUCGAAAACACCUCGCCAGAUCGCUAAGGAUGUUGAAGAAUUAGCUGCUGGCCUCGCUCACGACUUGCAAUGGUCGCCCAAUGUGGAUUUACCAGGGGGUAAGGUCGUCGCAAUUUUGUCCGAGAAUACGCUUGAUUAUCUGACCUACUGUUGGGCCAUCCAACGUGUGGGAGGCACGUGUCUUCUUCUACAUGCAACCACUUCACCAGAGGAGAAUGCGAAACACCUGAGACAUAGUAAUUGCAAUGUCCUUAUUACAUCUCCAUCAUUGCUUGACUCGGGUCGUGCUGCAACAGCUAUUGCCAACGAAUCCGGGCGGCGGUUGUAUUUGACUGAGCCCGUGACCAGCGCGAAAACCAACGGCACUAAUGAAACCAAUAGCCCCAAUGGCACCAAGGAGAAGUUGAAGACUAUAAAUGAGUUGCUAGCACUUGGCAGUUCCAUAGAUCAUCUCCCAGUGUCCGAUUGGUCCUCGAAAGAGUCCAAGUCUAAGAUCGCAUAUCUGUGUCCGACGAGCGGAACAUCUGGAGUUCAGAAACUUGCCCGCUUAACGCACGUUAGCAUCAUCGCCAACAUCCUACAGCUAGUCGCACUAGAGCGCAUAUCCCGCCAUCGCGAUGUUGAGGUAGUGCUAGGCGUUUUGCCUAUGAGUCAUGUCCAAGGCAUAGUCGCAUCGCACACGUCCAUAUACGUACGGGAUCAUUUCAUUUUGCAUACAAAAUUCGACAUGAAGGAAACUCUGGCGUCUAUCCAGACUCACCGCAUUAACAGACUUUACUUGGUACCCUCGGUGCUCUCCACCCUAAUCGGCAAUCCGUUUCUAUUCAAGGCUUUUGACUUGUCGUCGGUUGAUACUAUCUAUGUAGGCGCUGGUAGCGUGACCGCUGAAUUAUAUGCCAAAACAAAAGCGGUACAGCCAGGCUGGAACAUGGUCACCGGUUACGGCUUAACGGAAAGUCCGGCAGCCGUCGCCAUGAGUAGCCCGCACGAAUACAUCCCUGGCUCAGUUGGCGUAUUGCUACCAUCGUAUAAAGCACGUCUGUGUCGGGAAGAUGGCAGUGAGGUGGAGUCCUUUGACGUACCUGGUGAGUUGCUACUAGCGUCGCCUAAUCAGGCAGAUGGCUACCUUGGUGACGACGACGGAAAGGCAGCUACAUUCAGAGAGGGCUGGCUGCACACUGGCGACAUGGCUCUGUUUCGUAGGAGCCCUGAAGGCGAUGCGCAUUUGUGCAUUGUUGAUAGACUGAGAGAUAUGAUAAAGGUCAAAGGCAUGCAGGUUGCGCCCGUUACCAUUGAAGAAUGCCUGCGGCAGCACCCUAGUGUAGCCGAUGUAGCUGUCAUUGGAGUGCCCGAUGACUUGUUCGGGGAGCGACCAAAGGCAUUCGUCAUGCGCCCAAAACAAGUCGACCAAGGCGCCGACUUAAUUGAUCCGGAUGAGCUUUUUGACCAAUUGGAUGACUUCAUCGAGAGCAAGCUGACAGAGUCACACUGGAUACGUGGAAGAUAUGAGAUUCUUGAAAUGCUUCCUCGCAACACGUCAGGCAAGGUAUCCAAGGGUGUACUACGAAUGAGGGGGUAAGGUUCAUCCACAUAUUGCGCUGUAUUGCUAGUGGGUUGGAAAUUGCAUUGUGUCACCUUGCGCGGGACUUUAGACUCUGACAAAC